UCGGGGGCAAGAGUCGGAGAAAAGGCAACAGAAAACAACAAUUUAAGCAGAGGAGAUGAGGUUUUUGAGUUAAUUCUGACUGCUCGGAGCAGGAUCAUUUGUGCCUGAUGGGAUAUAUAAAUACAUAUAAUUAUGUCUGAAAAAAGUACUGGCCAAGCUUCCCAAAGGAAACCAUCCAGCAACAAAAACAUUAAGAAGCUCUGCACGAUUAGCAUGGUGUGCAACUUGACAAGCAGCUGGCAGCAGUGGGUGACGGAGAAUGAGAAGAAACAGGCGGAUGAGCCCAGCGGCUGGGCUCCGUCUUCACUUAGAGGACCACAAGAACAGCGCAGGAAGACAUGGGUCCCCAAAAAGCUUCCUCCUUUGCAGUCCAAGCCAACUCUGGAUGGCUGUGCAGAGCCUCCGACGUCAACUCCUAAAGAAUCCUCCAAAAAUAAAGAGGUCGUGACCUCGGAUGAGGCGCCUCCUUUGUCCGGCAUCAACACAGAGCAGGUGGUGAAGAGUGUAAUCAGCAGCGCAGAGAAAAGUUCAGGCAUAGGACUUCUGACUGAAGAACUAAAGAAUGACUCCCUGCCAUCAGAUGAGGAGAUCGACAGGCUGCUGGAGAAGACGAGCUCACCAACACGCCAGAGGAAGUGCUCCAACACGGUGUCCUCUCUGACCACAAGCUGCAAGCAGGUGGAGAGUGAGCAGGAGUGCGUUAAAGAGGAAGGAGGACCAGCAGAUGGACACAGCUCUGGAGAAGACAAAGACAACAGAGAUGCAGGGAAGGAGUGUGUGGAUGUAAAGGAUGCUCCGACAGAUUCCUCUGCAAAAUCAGAUGAGGAAAAUGAGUCAGACGGGGGCCCGGUGAGGAUAAAAAGACCCCAAAUGUCAAUCAUCAACACAGAGCAGGUGGUGAAGAGUGUGAUCAGCAGCGCCCCAGAGAAAAGUUCAGGCAUAGGACUUCUGACUGAAGAACUAAAGAAUGACUCCCUGCCAUCAGAUGAGGAGAUUGACAGGCUGCUGGAGAAGACGAGCUCACCAACACGCCAGAGGAAGUGCUCCAACACGGUGUCCUCUCUGACCACAAGCUGCAAGCAGGUGGAGAGUGAGCAGGAGUGUGUUAAACAGGAAGGAGGACCAGCAGAUGGACACAGCUCUGGAGAAGACAAAGACAACAGAGAUGCAGGGAAGGAGUUUGUGGAUGUAAAGGAUGCUCCGACAGAUUCCUCUGCAAAAUCAGAUGAGGAAAAUGAGUCAGACGGGGGCCCGGUGAGGAUAAAAAGACCCCAAAUGUCAAUACACAAGAAUGAAGCUGAGGAUGCAAACAAGAUCAACAUCCUGUCAAAGAACUACAGCGCAGUUGGAAACCUCAAGAGUCGCUGGCAGAACUGGGCCGUACAGCACACAGUCAACCAGAAGCUAAACCCCUUCAGUGAAUACUUUGACUAUGACUACUCGAUGUCCCUCCGCCUCCAAAAAGGUCAGGACGGUUACGGACGCCCCAAGGAGGGGAGUAAGACAGCAGAAAGGGCCAAAAGAGCUGAGCGAUAUAUCCACCGCGAGAUAGAUGACAUGUGUUACGUGAUCCGAACUAUGGCGGACCCAGACCCCGAUGGAAAGACCCGUGUCACGUUUGGACAGCUAUUUGACAGAUAUGUUCGGAUCUCUGACAAGGUGGUGGGGAUUCUGAUGAGAGCCAGGAAACACGGGAAGGUGGCGUUUGAAGGAGAGAUGCUGUGGCAGGGCCAGGACGAUGGAGUGAUAAUCACUCUGCUGGUGUGAUAUUUGCAGCUGGGUAAAAGUUGCACUGUAAAUCCUCUUAAAGCAACUUGGAUGGCAUUCUCAGGUUUGUUAGAUAACCUCAGUAAUUCUUAGUCAUGCCAAGGAGGAGGAUUUAGAAUAAACUGAGAUAGGGGGCUCUUCAGUGAACACAUGCAGGACAAUAUUACAUAAAAUAAAGAAGCUACCAAUAUGUGUGGAUUUACCAUUGUUUGUUAUUUGGAGACAAAUUUCAUGUUUGGUGCUAUUUUUGGUUGAAUAUGUUUUCCAUCUCUGUUGUGGACAUCUCAAAUAUAACUCAUGCACCAUGUUUUGAGAACCAAAGUUUGAGAACUUUGCUUUACCUUUAGCUUUCACCUCUGGAGGAAAGAAGAACAUUCACUGUUUAUAGCCUCCGUGUUAAUGCGACACUUGUGUUAACGUGCCUGACAACUAGCAGCUUGCAGCAUAGUCACUCAAAACAGGUAUUGGGUUUCAUUGCCUGAAUACCUGCAGCUCAGCAUGGCACCGAAACAGGCGUAGCAUGAAGGUGCAGGGACGAUUGGGGCCAUCAGAAAAAUGAAAUGGCUCGAAGCUUUUAAAAUGGCACUCUCUGUAUUCUCCUUGACUGGUCAUUCAGAAAGGUCCUGGGAGCACUGAUGGCAUGUACCGUACAAGGAGCAUGAUAACAGCUGAGUGAGGUGAGGCGCUCACUCUCAACUUCGUGUCACAAUCUCAUUCUGAGAUCUUAUGCCCUCUUUGAAGCGUGUGUCCACUAACAUCUAAUAUUUAACAUUUAAGUCCUGAAUAACUCAGGGAAGCCUUUAGUAAGGUGGCUAACUGUGAGGUGCCUUUGAGCAAAUGAAAAAUCGUUAAAUAUCUGCUAAUAUGAUUUUAAAUCAUGUACUUUAUUCCCUGUUCAAAGUCAUAAUGGAUCUAUCACAUCUUACACUAAAUGUGUGAAAAGUGAGUCUGAGGACGAGGCUCUAAUUGUCCUCUCCUGGAGGUAAUGUCCCAAAGGGCGAAGGUUCUUGAGCGCUGUCAGUGAUACAUUGACACCGUGGAUUUUAACUGUGGUGUACUUCCUGCUUUAUUAGAUCCUACUUUAGACUACUCCACCAUCCACUGAAUAUUUUUAAGAAAUCAUCUAUAUCUAUUGUAUAUUUAAUUUAAAAAAAAGUCUUCAUCAAUGUGAAUAGCGCCUUUUUGCAUAUUGUGUGCGUCCCCUACCACCUAAGUCAUUUUCAGAACUAUUUUCUUUGGGCUGCAUGUGAGAUUACAAGACUUUGUGCGGACUUUAAUCGGUAGAUUUCUUCAGCUAAAUAGAGAAAAUAAUAAAAUGAGCUCCUGUGUGGAAUUUUCUGGAGAGUAACUUGGCAUACUGAUGACUGUUCAUAUUUGUUUCUGGUGGUCUGCACCUUCCCUGACACUCGUCCUGUAAACCAGACAGAUCAGUUUACAUCACACACACACACACACACACACACACACACACACACACACACACACACACACACACACACACACACACACACACACACACACACACACACACACACACACACACACACACACACACACACACACACACACACACACGUGCUGCUC